UGCCAUCUUUUUUCUCCUCUUGAGAUCUGGGAACAGAACCCUGAUUUUCUCUCGAUCUUGAUGGAUUUGGUCGCCGACAAGGUGGAUAGUAUUGUCGACUUUUUGCAACAUACAUAUCCUGGGGUACGACCUACCAGGAUCCAUCGUGCUGCUGUGUCAACAAGUGUGUGUGUGUGUGUGUGUUGGCAUUCGACUUUCUUUUUAUUGCCAACAAUAACCUCCCCCGGUCCCCCCACAGCAAUCAACCUCGCAAUCCCCUCCCUCUGUCUUUGCCACGGCGGCUCCGGUCCCUGAUCUUCUCCUCGCUUGUCUUGUCGAAUCUCUGGCUCUUGGUCGAGUUCGAAACACGUGCGUCAAGUUUCAAGAGAACCAAACUUCGUUGUCGCAUAUACACACCCUUUAAGCGCCGUCCACUCAAAUCGCUUCCCCGGGUUCGACUCUGAAGCAGUACGGCGCUUCCGCACCAGUCUCUGGAUUGUGAUUGGCUCAGCCCAGUUCACCCUUCAUCAAUAGCAACAGCAACAACAUUGAGCAAUACUACCUUCUAUCUGCUUCAGAAGCUUCCAACGAAACGCAGCCGCCCGACUUUCUUAGCGAAACUUCACUUAUAUUGUCUAGACCCGUGCGCUUAAAGCGUGGCGAGUCAACUCUAAAAAGCCCGCCAUGGACCCAACAACAACCCUCUUUACCUUUAUGUUGUGAGUUCUUUGAAGCUUGUGUUAUAAUCUCUCUUUCUUUUUUUCCUCCCCCCUCUUUCCUUAGCUUCACUUCGCUUGCGAGACUGCUGUGCGGUCAGUCAUUCAUUCCCCCAUCGUUCGUUUUCACGCAACUCGGUUACACCCCCUCUCGCUUUUCGGUAAAAGACCCGUCUCAUAUUACGGACUCAUCCCUCGGUCAACGCUGUUCACCUGGUCGGUUCUUGGGACAAUUUCGCUAAACCUUAUACAAUGGAGCGUGACGUCAGACGCGACAGAGGCCAGUGGAAGGGAUGCUACACCUUCAAGGAUAUCAUCUGCGAUGGUGACUCUGGCCGAACCCCAAAACGGAACGGCGGCUUGAAGAUGGGCCAGACAUAUUACUUUUAUUACGAGCUAGAUGGCGCGGCUGAGACAUAUGAUCCUACUCUUCCCUCAACAAAUAACUGUCCAUAUCUACCCGGCCAGACUGUCAACACUCUCUAUGUUCCUGUCGAGCAUACCCUCAGGAACCGCAGCGCAUCCACCACCUCCCUCCGCGAGGAAAACUACAAGACCAUGAAUCCCGCCGACAGAUACAACACGCCGCAACCCACCGUCGCUUCAUUAAUGGACGCUGCUUCCCGUGCCGCUACCGCCCCUCUACCUGAGCUCAAGCGCUCUUCCAGGUCUAUCUCACCGGGCUCCAGCUGGUUCUCGCCACGUAGGCUGUUCGGUCGCAAGCAAAGCUCUUCCUCCCUGCCGGAGAUCAGGCUGCCGACACCCACCGAUGAUACUCGGAGCAUCAGGUCAUCCGGGUCAAGCAGGUCCAGGGACAUGUCGCCUGAGUCGCUUCGCCGGUUCCUGUCCAACGAUGAACUACCUGAAGAGGAGUAUCAGACAGUGGAACGUCCGGCUAUCACCAUUCCUGAUGAUAUCGUCGAGGAGAACGAAGACGACGACAUGUUCGCCACAUCUGCUGUGUCGGAAUACAUGCAGUUCACCGGCCUCUCCCCUCCGCCAUCCCAACGAUCGCUCACCCCUUCUCCGCCUGUCAAAAGCGGCGAGGCUCUUACACCCACUAUGGCCCUUGCCAGGUGCCCUUCUACGAUGCCCUGCCUCGAUCUCUCGAUACCUAAGCUGUCUCUUGUCGACACCAGCUCACCUCAGUCCUCAGCCGACUCACCUCCCGCCUUCUACCACUCCGACGACGAUGAGGAGGAUGAGAACCUCGACGAGGACCUCCUUCCCCUUCCUGUGCUUGACUACAGCACGGCCCGCAAGGCUUCCGCCGGCUCAGUCGGGAGCACCCUCUCCACCUACAGCCUGCCCCAGUCUUCGCCCCAAGAAGCAAAGGAGUCCAAGUCUCUCAUGGUCCCCAGGAUUGAGACCAGCAUUCCUGUCUCGCACACUUCCUUCCUUAACAGCCCUACCCCCAACUCGGGUCUUGAGGACCUGAUGACUGAGCUGGGCUGGAUGGCUAAUGCCAUUCGUGGUUAAGCUUCACCAAAAUAUUCAAACAAUCGCUAUGCGCAUACUGCGCACACACACUAUUACACCAUAAUGUUUUGUCUCAACAAUCGUUCAACAUUUCAUACAUCUCCAUCUCAAUCUAUCUAGCAUUUUCGGCGGGCAUUCAAAAUGGGGUAUACUACACUACACUACUAUACUAUCGCUCAAGCAAUCAAGCAGCGGUGUAGAAGGCAUAAAACAAGGCGACGGCGGCAAGAUCUGAAGUUUUAUUUGUUUUUGAUCUCUUUUGUCUUUUUGGUUAUUGGGUUUCCUUUGUUGGAUGGGUGGGAUAUGUUGGGAGGCUUGAGAUCUACAUUUCAGAUCUCAUCGUUACUUGAUCACUUGGGCGUUUUUGGGCCGGUGGGAGAGAAAGAUCUAUUUAUUUUGGGGAGUUAUCAGGGAGUUCAUCUGGGUGGGUGAAAGGGUUACGAUUGCAUAUAGGACUGGGAGUGAUGAUUGGGAUGAGGGAUGAAAGACCAGAAAUCAACUGGAAGGAACGAGAGGAAUUGCAAACUAUAUAUUAGAAAUACUAUCGUUUGCCAGGCAACCUCUAAUGAUCCGUCUUGAUGAACACUCGUGACAUGUUUAGAUCUAAAUCAGACAAACAGUGUUAUACUUACAUAACUCACUGUCACUUAC